UCAUCCAAGCCGUCUUCACAGAUAGGAUGUGAGAAAGGAAAGCAUUCUGAGGCUGCAUCGGAAAAGGCAGUGCCACAAAUUGAUUCAAAAUAUUUUUCUCCUAAGGUUGGCGCAGAGGUGGCCGCCAUGAAAGACAAAUAUGAUUCUGGUGUUGGGUUAACUCAGCAACCCAGUAGGCAGACCAUGCGGUUGCUGCAGUCAUCUCAUUCCGAUGAACGCUCAGACUCGGAUGGACGCGCACCCGAAUCUUUAUUCAGUCAGGUUAGGAGCACUACCUCUGGUUCUGAUACCAGCUAUGCGGAGGAUCCAAGCAGUCAUUCACCAGGGAAGAUUUCCCGACAAGAUAGAAAGCAAUCGAUGAUGGGAAGUAGCAUGGGAGAUGACCAUACGAAAGGACAAGAUACGAUGUCUUUUCUAGCGGGGACCCCCAAGCCUGGCCCAAGUGUCGAUGACGCAUCGGACGUUGUGGAAGUGUUUCUCAACCCCGAUGCCGCAUUGGAGCCGAGUGGGAUUCCAAGCUUCACUUCACCUUCAACACAUCUUAGUACUAUUUUGCCCAGCUUCGGGGUUUCUAGCGACUUUCCCCCGAAUCGUCAGUCCCAGCUAAUGGACCAGUCGAGGUUUCUCGGAGAUCGGCCAGCAUCGCGUGUCGACUCCUCUCAAUCUGACAAGCAUGAUCACGAACCGGGGAUAAUCAUUGACACCAACGGCGUUGCGCGCGUGCUAUCCGCCUCAGAAGAAGUGCAACGUAACAUUGAUCUGCAGCAAGCUGUCAUGGCGAAAAUGGGAGCUGGGGCGGUUGGAUCCAAUACCGAUACAUCGAUGCCAUCUCCUACACAAACCUCGCCGCACGAAAAUUACCUUACACAACCCCAAUCGAUGCCUUCCAGACUACAAACGUCCUGGUCAUCUAGAAGCAAAACAGCCACGUCGAAGUGGAGGAGCGCCACAGAAGUAUCCCCGUCCCUCGACAAACCCAAUUUUUUCCAAAAAAUCGUUGGCUUUCUCAGAAAGCGAAAGGACCUCGACCAAGGCAAGGAGGCCCUGGCGGGGGAGCCUUUGGGCAUCGCCCAGUGAUUAUGUUUCCCUUCGCAUGAAAAUCGGAAGUCCGUCAAGUUCCGAUACAUUUCCGUUCUAUAUAUCUUUCUCAUCUUGAUAGCCAUGUAUCCCAAGGUGAUUUCAUGGAAUCUAUUAGCGAUAGCAUCCAUACCCACGAGUAUCUCUGGGAGUCUUGAAUUCUGUUUUUUAUUUCUUAUACCAAUAGCGAAGCAUGAUGCACCUGAUUACGGAAUCAUGCCCAAAAGAUUUCUACAGGCUCCAGAUUAUAUGAAUA